AUGUCUGUCAACUUCAACACCAAAGCUGAGACCAAAGACGGUUCUCUUUACACCAAGUUCACCUACGAGUCGGCCAUUGUCGAGAAGAAGGAGGCUGGUUCUCUUUCUGUCACUCCAACUGCCACCGACUACGAGUUCAAGGUCGACUUGGAGACCCCAAAGACUGGUUUGUUGUUGGUCGGCUUGGGCGGUAACAACGGUACCACCUUGGUCAACGCCAUCUUGGCUAACAAGCACAACAUUUCCUUCGAGAACAAGGAAGGUAAGGUUGAACCAAACUACUUUGGUUCCGUCACCCAGGCCUCUACCGUGAAGCUCGGUGUUGACAAGGAAGGUAACGAUGUGUACGCUCCAUUCAACUCGAUCUUGCCAAUGGUGCACCCUAACGACCUUGUCGUUGGUGGUUGGGAUAUCUCCAAGAUGCCAUUGGACCAGGCCAGUAAGAGAGCCAAGGUCUUGGACGUCGACUUGCAGAGACAGGUGGCUGGUUACACCAAGUCCAUCGUGCCAUUGCCUUCGGUGUACUACCCUGACUUUAUCGCUCUUAACCAGAAGGACAGAGCCGACAAUGUGUCCAACGUCGACAGCAACGGUGAGGUCACCACCAAGAACAAGUGGGGCGAUGUCGAGAAGAUCAGAAAGGACAUCAAAGACUUCAAGGAGCAGAACAAGUUGGACAAGGUCAUUGUCUUGUGGACUGCCAACACUGAGAGAUACUCCGACAUUAUCCCUGGUGUGAACGACACCGCCGACAACUUGAUCAAGUCUAUCAAGGAGUCUCACGAUGAGGUUUCCCCAUCCACCGUGUUCGCCGUGGCUUGUAUCUUGGAGCAGGUUGCCUACAUCAACGGUUCUCCACAGAACACCUUUGUUCCUGGUGCCAUUGAGUUGGCCGAGAAGCACAAGUCUUUCAUUGGUGGUGACGACUUCAAGUCUGGCCAGACCAAGUUGAAGUCUGUGUUGGCCCAGUUCUUGGUUGACGCCGGUAUCAAGCCAUUAUCCGUUGCCUCUUACAACCACUUGGGUAACAACGACGGUUACAACUUGUCUGCCCCCAAGCAGUUCCGUUCUAAGGAGAUCUCGAAGGCCUCCGUCAUUGACGACAUGAUCCACUCCAACGACAUUUUGUACAAUGAGAAGAAGGGCAAUGGUGUGGACCACUGUAUUGUCAUUAAGUACAUGCCAGCUGUGGGUGACUCUAAGGUUGCUAUGGACGAGUACUACUCUGAGUUAAUGUUGGGUGGACACAACAAGAUUUCUAUCCACAAUGUGUGUGAGGACUCUUUGUUGGCCACUCCAUUGAUCAUUGACUUGGUUGUGAUGACCGAGUUCUUGCAGAGAGUCAGCUACAAGAAGGUGGGCGAGAAGGAGUACGACAACUUCUACGCUGUCUUGACUCUCUUGAGUUACUGGUUGAAGGCUCCAUUGGCCAAGCCAGGCUUUGAGCCCAUCAAUGGCUUGAACAAGCAAAGAUUGGCGAUCGAGAACUUGUUGCGUUUGUUGAGGGGAUUGCCCUUGGUGAACGAAUUGAGAUUCGAGGAGAGAUUGGUUUAA